AUGCGCCGGCGCCGGCGGUCGGCCAACUCGCCCAAGCUCAAGUCGCCCGUGGAGCCUCCGAUGAGGACCAAGUUCCAAAUGACCGGUCUCACGCAGGUGCUCAUGGAGAUCAAGGACGACAUUUGCGCCACGCUCCUGCUUGUCGACGCGCUGCGCCUCGACGCGCAGAUCUCGACGGUGCUGGUGACGCUGGCGACCGAGCCGCCGUUCCACGGCCCCCGGUGGCGCCGCCACGCGUCCAAGCCCCUCUCGACGCUGGCGCGCUCGAUGUUUGAAACGCCGAGCCUCAGCUGCCGCUACAGCCUCUCGGAGCUCGCGCACCGACCCGUCGACACGAUCUUGCUGCAAGCGCUCAUGUACGAGCACCCGCCGUUGGUUUCCAAGGCGCUCGAGCUGCUCAUGCAGCAGUUCAACCAGCACGAGCAGGUGACGAAAGCACUCUCCAACGUCCUCCUCCUCGUCAACGAUGCGACCGUUGGCAUCUACGGGCAGCUGCAAGCCGAUGUGCAGCAGCUGCGCCAUUUCGCCGAGACGACCGAAGUCUGGAUGAACCUCACGUCGACCGAAGAUUUCAGAGUUGCCACCUCGGUCACGGGCCUCCUCACCUCGUUUACCGCGCAUCUGCAGUCGUCUGGGAUCGUGACUGAGAUCCGGGAGCGGCGUCAGACCCUCAACAUUGGGCUGCCAAGGACGGCAGCUCAUCCGGCGAGCGCGCAUCAAGUCGAGGUCCGGCGGCUUCUCCGGAACCUCAACGCGAUGCAGACCAUCUUUGACAUGCUGCGCGACGGCAACCACUUUUUCAAGAGUCACUUCCCGUCCGUUUUAGGCGACGCGAGCCGGGCGACGAGUCCGAUGGCGCACGCGACGUCGAGCUUCAGCCGGAUGCAGCAGCAGACCGCGCUACGCCCUGUCUUUGUGGAAGCGCUGCGCUUCUUCUUCGCGUUCGGUGCGGACAACAGCAUGAACGUAGCGCUGCUCGCCGAGCACACGCUUGCGCUUCUAGACCUCGUCGAGGAAAUCGAAGAGGCGCAAGACGUCCUCUCGCUCGUUUACGGCAGCAGCGAGAGUCUCUGCAAGGCGAUUCCCGUCAAGGUCCUCCAGCACUUCCUCGAUCUCUGGCGCGUCGAUCUCGACGUGCACGCGCAAACGAAAGGUCGGUACCUCCACGCCCUCGAAGCCUUUGUCAGCGUCGGGGACACGCCCGUCCCAGAGAACCAGCUCGUCGUUCUCCUCGAGCUUGUCAAGCCCGACGCCGGGUACCUCCAGCUUCUAGGGGCAGCCCCUACGAGCUUCCUCGCCCUCCUUACCGAAACCAAGGAAGCUCUGACCACGCAGCGAGACGCGACGGUGACCUACCACCUCGACGUUCUGCACUUGCUCGCAUCCUGUGCAAUGGGGGCGGACGCGCGGCUGAAGGACCUCUGCGCGUCGAUCCUCUCGCUCGAUGCGCUUCUGAGCCUCUUGCACGCGGCGGCGUUCGCCUGCGUCGGCAGCCUCCACGAGUAUACGUGGCUCGGCAACGUGGCCAUGGCGCUCGUCCGGUUUCUAAAGGAAGUCUACUUGACCUCGGAGGCGCCGUCGUGGGCGCAGCAGCCGCAAGCCACCCACGACCAGAUCGUGACGACGCUCGAAUCGCUGCUCGUUGAGUACGCAUUUGCGCACCUCUGCCACCUCCAACAGAAGGACGCGCUGACGCCGCCGCAGGCGCACGUCGUGUACGAUGGCGGGCGUAUCUGGGUCGACGUUGCGGCUGCGUCAUACAAGAAACUGGCGACCGACGAUCCGCCGUACGAGUCGCACCUGCUGACACUGCUGCUGCCGGCGCUGCACGCGUGCUUGGUGGAGCUCUCGGCGCCUGCGUCCGUGCUCAUAUCCCUCUACGAGACGCUGUUUUCGCUGCUCUCGACAGCCGUGACAGCAACGACGUUUGCGCAGCUCUCUCCGUCCAACCAAGACGCGCUGCUGGCCAGCGCGCGGGUCCUCGACAAGCUCGCGUCGGCCCAGAAUGAUCCGAGUGCGCUUGAAAACCUCGCGUACGAAGCAUCGGCGCGACCCAAGCGACCGCACUUGGGCCAAAACCGAGUACUGCGCUCGAUUGUGCUUGGCGAAGCAAGUGCCCGCGAGACCCUCCGGGCGCUCUACGAGCAGCUGCAGCACCCGGACACCUCCAUGGCCUCGCCACCGAGAGCUUCGUUGACCGCGCGGCCGAAAGACGUUUUGCACGUCUCGCGGUCGUCGCCGACCAAGGGACUCGCGCCGCUUCGACAAGCCACGACGCCGUUGUCGCCACCGUCGCCGAUGAAAUCACCGUCGCAAUGGCACUCGUCGCUCGCGCGGUGUCGGCAGCUCCUGAUGCGUGCACCUCUGGACGGCGGGUGCACAACGGUCUUGAAAUGGAAGAGGUGCUCACGAUGGUCAAAUAGUUGGGACGGAGCCAAGAAUGCCGGAUUGGUGCCGGUGGUCGCGAGUGAGGACGGUACGGUCCUCGACGCGUUCCUAUCGCUUGUCAAGGCAGACCCCGAGACCCAAGUCGCGCGAUCCGCAGAGCUGCAUGCGAUGAUGCAGCGCAUCUUGCACUUGGAGGACGCGCUCCGCGACGAAGCCGAGUCCAUCUCGGAUGUCCCCAAGUCGUCGUUGACCUUUGAUGACGUCAUCCUCAAGCUCAUCGAGCACUUCAAGCUGCUCAAACACGCCAAGUACGCCAAGAUGAGUGUCGACCUCCUCGACAUCUUUUGUCAAAUGAUCAAGUCGCUCGAGCCCUCGCGACGCCACGCGAUGCAGCAGAAGCUCGACAAGCUCGGUCUCACCGUGCUCGUGGUCAACAUCAUUAGCUCGACGACCGACAGGGUGGUUUUCGACAGCAGCAUCGCCCUCGGCAUCGCAUUGCUUGACGGCAUGAACGCUAAAGUCCAAGAGCACUUUUACGCGACGUGGACCGAGUCUAAAACGACCAAGUUCUUUGAGCGCCUCAAGCACCGGAUGGACAGCGCGACGGACGAGGUCAAGACGGUCGCGCAAGUGCCAGCGCUCGACGACCUGCCGCGGCCCCACUCGAUGGUGCUCCGGCUUUCGCACGAGGCGCGCAGCGGACGCAGUCUCGAGCUGGCCGACGACCCGCCGUACGCGAGCAUCGUGGCGAUCUUUCGGUUCCUCCAGCUGCUCUGCGAAGGCCAUUACCUCCACGUGCAGCAGUACUUGCUUUCGCAGGGGAGUGCCGUGAGCAGCAUCAAUCUCGUCGAAGCCACAACGUCGUUCCUUCUCGAGAUCUACCCGAGCCUCAAUAGCGCCAACGUGCUUUUGUUCAAGCAGCUCUUUGAUACGAUCACCGAGUUUUGCCAGGGUCCGUGCCCCGAAGCCCAGGAGUGCGUCGCCAACUACAAGUUCAUUUCAGUCGUCAACGAACUGCUGGUCGUGACGUCACUUCCCGAGAGUGACGCGCGUCUGCACAUGCGGCAGCUCAAAGGCGCGAUUGUGGUCUGUCUCCUAAGUCUCAUUGAAGGUCGGACCGAUGACAUCAUCCACGACCGGCUCGUCACGGAGCUCAACUUUGACACGAUCAAGGACAACGUGGUCGACGUCCACCGCUAUUUUCAAGAGACGUACCACGGUGUCUACGACGGCAACACGGCGUGCAGCACGGACGCGUUCCUGGCCCUGGGCUUCAACGUGCACAUUCUGAUCCAGCACCUCAUGGAGUACCAGCCUCGAGCGGAGCUUCAGUCUCCUCACGUACGAGGCGUUCACGCGCUGGCUCAAAGCGACAGCGAACGCAGAGUUCGCGUCGGGCUUGCAACAAAAGACGCGGCCUACGCGGUGGCCUAUGCCUUCUUUGACGCCAAGUGCGCGCGUGUCGAGCUCGUGUGGCACCUUCGCGGCGACCCGCACUUGGUGCAGAUCUACUUUCCAGUGCACCCGAUCUGCUGCUGCGUCACGCAACGCUCGAAAGACCGGCUCAAAACCCACAUGCCUCUGGAUCCGAGCUCGAAGCUCAGCGCGUUCUUCGCCCACACGUCCAAUCUGCUGCACGAGAUGGAGUACCAGAGCCAGCUGCAGCAGCAGUUUUUACUCGCGUGGCUGCUGCGCCAGACUCACCGCCUCCAAGUGCUCUCAUUCGUGCUCGCCCUCCUCAUCAACCUCCUUGUCGUCACGACCUUGCGCGCCGAUGCCAGCACGUCGCAGCCGUACUCGGCGUGGCAGCAAGGCGCUACGAGGGACGGACCUGGCAUCGACGCGCUGCUAACGGUCCUCGGAUCGAUCCAAGUCGCGCUCUGCACCACCGUCUUUGUGCUCUACGCGGUGCACACGGUGCCGCUGCUCAUCACGGAAGGCUGGCACGCCGAGAAGCGGAAGCUCAAAAACACCAUCGGCGGCGCGUCGACACCGUACGCCCGCAGCGAUGUCGACGCCACCGAGUCGCUCCAGGACGUGGAGGACCUCCUGCGUCUCCUGGGCGACCGUGACGAAGACGUCCUGCGCACCAAGCAAGACCGCGUGCGCAACAUCGUCGUCUCGGUUCGGUUCCUUCUGCGGGACCCGCGACUGGUGUACUACGGCCUUUUGGUCAUGAUUCCGGUGCUCGGCACCUACGUCCACGUGCAAUUCUUCGCAUUCCACGUCCUCGACAUUAUCAACCGGUCUCAGGAGCUCAAGAACGUUCUGAAGGCUGUGGUGCUGCCAGGCAAGUCGCUCCUCCUCAUCUUCGCCCUGUACUUGCUCCUCGUGUACAUCUUCGCGACGAUUGGUUUUUUCUACUUUCGCCCCGACUACACGCCCGAGGCCAUGGCCAACCCGAAUGCACCGCAGCGCUGUAGCACGCUCUUCCUCUGCUUUCUCUCGUCGUUUGACUUGGCGUUUAAAAGCAACGGCGGCCUUGGCGGCUUCCUGCUGCCCCGGGCCCUCGGCACCGACCCUCUUGCGACGGGCCGUUUUUUGUUUGACAAUGCGUACAACAUCAUUCUGAUGGUCAUUUUGCUCAACAUUACCUUUGGCAUCAUCAUCGACACAUUCGCGACGAUCCGCACGUCGCACAAGGAACGCGCCGAGGAGCUGCGGGACCGCUGUUUUAUCUGCUCGAUUGACGGCUACACGUUUGACCGGCUCACGAAGCGCGGGUUCGAGUACCACACGCGCCUCGAGCACAACAUGUGGCACUAUUUGUACCUCUUUGUGCACAUCAACAAGAAAGACUACACCGAGUACAACGGCAUCGAGCUCUAUCUGGCCAUGAAGAUGGCCAAGAACGACGUGUCGUUCUUCCCCAACCACCGCGCGAUGGCGCUCGAGAAAGCCGACCCGACGCUCCAGCUCGUGCCCGACGACGACCAAAAUGAAUCCAACAAGAAGCCGACGGCGACGCCCGUGACGCUGAGCGAGGCCAAGCGCGCGAACACGGACCGCAAGCUCGACGUGCUCGCCAAGAAGGAGGACCCGGGCACGGCGCGGCUCGAGAAGCACCUCGACGCGCUCUUUGAGCAGCACGAAUCCCUCCGCGAACGGCAGAAAAGCAUCGAAGACGUUCAGCGCCAAGUGCUCGCGACGCAGCAGGCGAUUCUUGCGCUGCUCAACCAGACUGCCUCGCCGGUCAAGCUCCAGCGCAAGUCCGAGCACUUUUUCCCAGAGUAA